UUUCUUUUUCAGCUCUUACUCUGAGAAUCAAACAAGAGAUUUUGCAAUUCCUCUAGGGUUUUUAAAACAACACAAAACCCCUCUCUCAUCUUACGUUCUCUGAUCAGCUCUGAUCUCUGUAAGUGGUCUCAAUUUCGGUACCCAAAACAAAAUUCUGAAUACAUUGUUAGGGUUUUCGUGUCAUGGAGGAUAUUGAUAAUAGUUCAAUUCGGAUUUCUGAAGUACGACAAUCAUUGCUUAACGCACAAGAGCUUCUUGAUACUCUCUUGCGUUUAGCACCAACUGGUCAGAAUAGAAGUGUGUCGGAGAGAGCAUCUCAAUUGUUGGAUGAGUUUGUUCGUGACAUAGAAGGAUUCCCUCGCUUGCAAGAACUUAAUCAAGCUGUAGAAGCUUCAUUGCAGAGUCUCGGUUCUCGUCCUCUGAGAGUGCCACCAGCAAGUAAGGAAGUGGUCGCGAACCUUCCAACAAUCAUCGUGACAGAAGAAACGUUAAUGAGGUGUGCAGAAUGUGCUGUUUGCAGCGAGAACUUGGUUAUAAAUGAUAAGAUGCAGGAAUUGCCUUGCAAGCACUUGUUUCACCCUCUCUGUUUGAUGCCAUGGCUGGACAAACAUAACUCAUGCCCGAUUUGCAGACACGAACUUCCUACGGAUAAUGAAGCAUAUGAGAGCUGGAAAAAGAGUGAGAAAGAGGCUGAAAAAGCACGAAGGGAUGCUGCAAAUUCUGUUAUAUGUGGACAACCCUCCACCUUUUCAACGUAAAACCUGCAACUUGGACAUCUUGUCCACUUUUGAUCCUUAGCUAGGUUAAUCAACAGUAUUGCAUCUUUCCCUCCUCUUUUUAUCUCCUGAAAGUCAUCACAUGUCAAAUCAGAAUGCCAUGGGACUUGACAGUGUGCACAGAACAGCCUAUUGCAGUGAGGACACUCUGUCGACCUUACAAUCACCCCAUCAUCAUCGUUCACCAGCAUCACUGAACAGUCCUUGAAUGGGCAGUAAAUUUUCUGCGAAGCAAGAACUGAAGCCUCGCAUAAUGCAUUUUCCCAGCGAUCUAACACCUGACCUGAUAUGAUAUCUCUGCAUAAAUGAGGUUCUAAUGUCUCGUUGCCGGUGGAAUCUGGGCAUGUAAUCAUGCUGAUGUUUUCUUGUAUCUUAGCUGUGAUGUGUUUGGUGAUGCAUACAGAACAAUAAAUGUUUGAACAUUUGCUAGUACUGUGCCUUGUCUCACACUUUGCUUUAGAUUCGAUACAAAUAUCACAAAAGCUCAUUCCAGAAGAACACUGAUCAUCAUCACUACUGCUGCUGCCUUCUGCCAUUACAGACCCUGUAAGUUUUUUCUUUGUUUUGGGUUAUAACUUCUUUAAACUGAGACAUCUUUAUAUACUGAAAAGACACAAUGAGAACCAAUCUGUUGAGUUACCCUGCUGGAUAAUGAAAGGUCAUCUGUACAA